AUUUACGUUCAAGGACUGAGAGAUGCAAGUUCAAGACAUAAACGGGGAUCAGAGAACAUCUCACAAAGUAUAUCGGCACAAAUAUCUAGUGAAGUAAAACUGGUGAUCAAAGAAGAGCUUCGUCUGCUGCAAAAUCAAAUCUGCGCUAAAAAUGAAAAGCUCUGCCGCUCAGGACCAAAAGGGAGCAGAGGACGACGGGGAAAACCAGGAACCCGAGGGAGACCGGGUGCACGGGGAGCUCCAGGACCAAUGGGUAUAAAAGGCGAUCUUGGAAUUCCGGGUGAUCCUGGUCCCGCGGGACGUAGAGGCCCACCAGGUGAGAAAGGCGAAAAAGGUGAACCGGGUCUGUCCAUCUCGGCUCCAGUUCUUCUGGAACGGCCUGUUGAAUCAACAGUCAAUGAAAGUCAGAUAGUCGUCUUAAAAUGUACAGCGGACGGUUACCCAACUCCACAAGUCACAUGGUCAAAGAUGAAUUCAUCGCUUCCUGUGGGACGUCACAUGGUAGAGUCUAGUGGUGCUCUGAUUGUGAAGGACGUUGGACCUGGAGACGAGGGUGUUUACAGCUGCAGAGCUGAGAAUUUGCUUGGGAGCGUCAACUCUACAGCGAAUCUCACAGUUCAGUGUAAGUUAAGUUAUACUUUGAGU